AUGAUUCCUUCCCCUCUAAUAAAGCAGCAUCAACAUUACAUUUUUUUUUCCUCCCCACUGCACGGUGGGCCUUUGCCAACACAGUCUGGGACUAUGGUCCUCUCUGAAUGGAGGUGUCAUGGCCAAGCUUUCUCUAACAACUUCCCGCUCACCAGCAUUGUCAGAGCACCAGAGAAAUUUCAUGGGAAGAAAGCACUUUACCUUGCCAGAGAUGAAGGCUACAGUUGCACCAAAGAAUGGUGGAAGAGCCAGAGAAAACUUGCUCAAGCAUUGCAUAACCAUCGGCGGUUUAACCAGCUCUUGGUGGAGACUAGCAAAGACAUGGUGGAGAAAGGGCUACCCCUUGACAUUCAUAGGCUUCUUCUGCAAGGAAAUUCACUUCCCUUAAAUUGGGUUCCAAAACAAGUUAACGCAGUAGCACAUGAAUUGACUACGGUUGCUUUCUCUAACUUGGAGAAUUUGCAUCUUCGGCAAAUGUAUGAAAUGAAAAGUCUAUGGCACAGCCAACUUGCGGCUGAUUCCUUCUGUAAACUAAAAUCAUUGAAAAUUUAUAAUUGCUCGAAAUUGAUGACUGUUUUUCCAUCAAAUGUCUUAGAAAGAUUCCAAAGAUUAGAGGAGUUGAAUGUACGAAAUUGUAAUUCUUUGCAAGAGAUAUAUCAACUUGAAGGGUCCAAUGUUAUUGAAGCAUUUGAGCUGAGAAAAUUAUCUAUAGAGAGUCUGCCAUCGUUGAAGCAUGUGUGGAGGAAGGAUCCACAAGGAGUUUUCACUUUUCAAAAUUUGAAAUCAGUUGAAGUUUCAAAUUGUGAUGUUCUAAAAAAUCUCUUUCCAGCCUCCAUAGCCGAGAGUCUUUUGCAACUUGAAAAUCUUACAAUAAUUGAAUGUGGGGUUGAGGAGAUUGUUGCAAAGCCAGAAGAUGUGGAACCAGCCCCUUAUUACUGUUUUAAGUUCCCUCAAUUAACCUCCCUUAAACUUAUUGAACUAUCAGAACUGAGGAGUUUCUAUCCAGGGACACAUAUUUCUGAGUGGCAAAAAUUGAAAUGUUUGGAAGUUCGUAAUUGUCGCAAAGUAAGGAAAUUUGAUCUGGAAGAAGUACAUGAAGAGGGCCAACAACAGCCCCUUCAUGGAAUGGGAGGUGUGGGGAAGACCACCCUAGCAAAAGAGGUCCACAGGCAAGCUAUAGAAGAGAAGCUAUUCGACGAGGUGGUUAUGGUUGCAGUGAAUCAAACACCAGAACUCCGAAGAAUUCAAUCGGAGGUAGCUGAUGUCCUGGGCCUGACAUUUGAUGUGGAGGGAAUACCUGGAAGAGCUAAUCGACUAUAUGAGAGGUUGAAGAAAGAGAAGAAGGUACUUAUAAUUCUAGAUGAUAUUUGGAAACAACUUGAUUUAAAAGCAGUAGGAAUUCCCAUCGGGGAUGACUGCAAAGGAUGCAAAAUACUGCUAACCUCAAGGGACAAACAUGUACUGUCUCAGAUGGGCACACAAGUUGUUUUCCACCUUGACGUUCUACAGGACGAAGAGGCGUGGAGUCUGUUUGAAAUGACUCUGGCAGAUGCUAAAGAUUCAGAAUUGCCUCCCAUAGCCACGGAAGUUGCUAAAAAAUGUGCAGGAUUGCCUCUUCUAUUACUCACAGUGGCGGCAGACUUGCGAAAUAGAGAGUCAUACGCAUGGAAUGAUAAGCUGAAGCAGCUAUCUGUGUUUGACAAUGAAGAAAUAUAUGCAAAAGUACACUCGGUUCUGGAGUCAAGCUACAAUGAUUUGCCUGGUAAUGAAGUCAAGUCGUUUUUCUUACUUUGUGGUCUGUUAGGACUAUCUAAUAUUCCAAUCCGGUCCUUGCUGAAAUACGUCAUGGGUCUAAGUUUAUUCAAGCACAUUUCUACUGUCAAAGAAGCAAGAAACAAAGUUUAUUCUUUGAUUGAUACCCUCAAAGCAAAAUGCUUAUUGAUAGACGGUGAUAAGUAUGGAUUUGUGAAAAUACAUGAUGUUGUUCGAGACACUGCUUUAUUGAUUGCAUCUAGAGAGCAACAUGCGUUUAUAGGUACAAGAAGCGGCAGUGAGUUGAUGAAAUGGCCAAACAAGGAUUCCGCCAGAAUUUCUCUGCCUUAUUGUGAUAUUGAAGAUCUCCCUGAAGGGUGGGAGUGCCCAAAAGCAGAGCUACUAUUACUUUUCACUGAAGUUCUUUCUUUGGGAAUCCCAGACCUAUUUUUCAAGGGGAUUAGAAACCUCGAAGUAGUGGAUUUUACUGGGAUGCGUUUUGUGUCCCUUCCUUCUUCACUUGCUUUCCUAUCCAACCUUCAUACCCUUUGCUUGCAUCGAUGCCAACUGGAUGACAUAGCUAUCAUCGGAGACUUGAAGCAACUACGAGUCCUUAGUUUUGCAAACUCCUACAUUGUUGAGUUGCCCAGACAAAUAGAGGAACUGACUCGACUAAAAUUGUUAGAUGUGAGCGAUUGUUCCAAACUCAAAAUGAUUCCUGCAAGUGCCUUAUCAAAGCUGUCCCAGCUAGAAGCACUGUAUAUGAGUAACAGCUUUGAUCAGUGGGAGGCCGAUGGGAUUAGAAAUCAAGGCAAUGCAAGCCUUGCUGAGUUGGAAUACUUGUCUCACUUGAUGACUUUGGAAAUACAGAUACUGGAUGCCAAGAUAUUACCAAAACGCCUAUUUUCUAAUGGGUUGCAAAGCUAUAGAAUACUCAUAGGGUAUGGAUGGGACUGGAAUGGGAAUUAUGAAACCUCCAGAAUGCUGAAACUUAAGCUCAAGACAAGCAUUCAUUCAGAGUAUGGGGUCAAAGUGUUGUUGAGGGAGACUGAAGAUUUAUAUUUAGAUGAAGUGAGAGGGGCUGAGAAUGUGUUGUAUGAUAUUGAUGGGGACGGCUUUCCGCAAUUGAAGCAUCUCCAUGUCCAGAACAAUACUGUCAUUCAACAUAUCAUCAAUUCGACAAAGUGCGCUGCAUGUGAUGCCUUUCCCAUUCUAGAGUCCUUAAUUUUGAAAAAUUUAAUGAAUCUGGAGAAGAUUUGUCAUGGUCAACUCGCUGCAGGAUCUUUUAAUAAAUUAGGAAUUUUAGACGUAUGGAAUUGCAACAGAUUGACGAAUCUCUUAUCAUUAUCUACUGCCAGAUGUCUUUUGCAGCUACGAGUAAUGGAUGUGCGGUCUUGUCCCAACAUGGAAGCUAUUGUUAUAGAUGAAGAUCAAGACAGCAAUGAAGAAGUGGUUGAGUUCAAUCAGUUACGCUCCUUGAAGCUGUAUGGUCUACCACAUCUUAGAAGCUUUCGCAGCAAAAUGAAGAAGGCGCCUCCAGGAAUUGAAUCGAGACACAAGCAAAUAUUGACUGCUGAUGAGCCAGCAUUUGAGGAAUUUCUGUCAGAGGGCGAGCAUGGUGCUCAAUCAUCACUUUUCAACAGAAUGGUUUCUUUCCCCAACUUGGAGGAUCUUCGUCUAGGCUCAGUUACUUGUGAAAAGAUAUGGCACGACCAACUUUCCGCAACUUAUUCAAACUUAAAAAGCUUGAGUGUGUACGGUUGCAACAAAUUGAAGUAUUUAUUCACAACUUCAAUUGUUAAAAGUCUUUUGCAGCUCAAAACACUUCAUAUUCGGGGUUGUAGUUCCUUGGAAGAGAUAAUACUGACAGAGGAAAUUAUAGAAGAAGAAGAUGAGAGGGUGAAUAAGAUAAUUUUCCCUAAAUUGGAUACGCUGAGUCUUUUGGCUCUUCCAAACUUGAUUAGAUUCUGCAGUGGGUAUCAAAUUGAAUUUCAAUCUCUUAGAGGCUUGUACAUGUUUGGAUGCCGUGCAUUGAUGUGUUUGGUCCCCAGUGUUCCACAUACAGACAUGAUGGCAAAACAAGUUUACACAGAGACGAACCACAAUACUGAAAUUCAAUCUCUCUUCAAUGAAAUGGUUACUUUCUCUAACUUAGAGUAUUUGAGUCUGUCCGAAAUAAAUGAAAUGAAAAGUAUAUGGCACAGCCAACUUGCGGCUAAUUCCUUCUGUAAACUAAAAUCAUUGGAUAUUUCUGAUUGCUCGAAAUUAAGGACUGUUUUUCCGUCAAAUGUCUUAGAAAGAUUCCAAAGAUUGGGGGAGUUGAACGUAGAUAAUUGUAUUUCAUUGCAAGAGAUAUAUCAACUUGAAGGGUUCAAUGUUAUUGAAGCAUUUGAGCUGAGAAAAUUAUAUGUACAGAGUCUGCCAUCGUUGAAGCAUGUGUGGAGGAAGGAUCCACAAGGAGUUUUCACUUUUCAAAAUUUGAAAUCAGUUGAAGUUUCAAAUUGUGAUGUUCUAAAAAAUCUUUUUCCAGCCUCCGUAGCCGAGGGUCUUUUGCAACUUGAAAAGCUUUCAAUAAUAGAAUGUGGGGUUGAGGAAAUUGUUGCAAAGCCAGAAGAUGUGGAACCAGCCCCUUAUUACUGUUUUAAGUUUCCUCAAUUAACCUCCCUUGAACUUAUUGAACUAUCAGAACUGAGGAGUUUCUACGCAGGGACACACAUUUCUGAGUGGCAAAAAUUGAAAAGUUUGAAUGUUCGUAAUUGUCGCAAAGUAAGGUUGGGAAGAAGUACAUAA